UUCUCUAGCCAGUUCAAGUGCAACUCGUGGGGAGUGAAGAUGAAAUUUAUCUUGGGUUUGUGUUUUCUUUUGGGGAUUGCUUGUGAUUUUAGCACAGCGGCAGCACUUGAAGGUAAAAACCGAGGAAUGACAGCAAUUCCACGCUCAACAAAAUCAGUCAGAGCCAAUGGAGAUAGCAGCCAAACAAGUAAUAUGACAGUAGCUUUCGUACCCCUAAUCAGCAUAAUUGCAAAUUUGCUACCGAGAUUUUUUGGAAGAUACUCUCCAGUAACACCUGCUUCAUCUGUCCAACAAGCUCGAGCAUUUUUGGAAGUAAAAAAGGAGAAAGUUGAAUGCAAUGAGCCUUGGCACGUGGGAAAGAGGUGGACUAAUCAUUUGAAUAGAUCAGUAUAUUAUCAAUGCUACCACUCAAAGAAUUGCUCUUCAAUCUAUGAGGAAUCCUGCUUUGUGGUAAAAAUGCAAAGAUGCAAAUUCCCGAAGGAAUUUCACACUGAAAAAAAGCUGUGUUUGGUUGACGUGAAUAUGAAGACUGUUAAGCAUGCUGAAUCAAAUUUUGAUUUCUAUGAUAAUUAUACCUAACUAACAACUUUUAGUGAUCUCACUUAUAUCAUUUCAAGAAAUUGAAAUUACUUAAUAUCUGUUCUACUGUUAUGGUGGUGUGGCACUAGGUAGUAUUUUAAAGGGGGAAUCAAUGGUAACCACUAUCAAGUAUGAUUUGAGUCAAGUUUCUACACUAACAGGUUUUUUACACCUACAAAGAGGUGAAUUUGGACACAAAUUUUGGUUCUCAAUACAUUAUUGUAAUAUUUGUAAAAAUAAUAAUAAUAAUAAUGCAUAAUAGACCCAUGAUCAAUAACAUGUACAUUUUCUCACACACUUACUUUGGCCAUUGACGUCUGCAGCAAGCCACUCAUUAACAAUUCUCAUUAC